GUUUCAUAAUGUCACAAGGGAACCAGCCGAGUAAAAAAUAAAACACAAGAAAAGAAAAAACUGCGGCUUCUGCUGACGAAAGCUGUUUCAACAUCCAUCCAGAUCUUAUACCCAAAAGAAGUUCCCUCUCUCUCUUCAUCUCUCUCUCCCCCUCUCUCUGCCCCCCCUUCCGAGCUGGGGAAGCAAAAACACAAAACUAGAGAUGACUUGGGUGGGAGAAAAGGGCAUAAGCGAAACCCAGGAUAAUUCGCCAUGAAAGCUCGUCAUUUGAGCUUCUUUUUUAUCAUAUUAUUGUCUCCAUUCCUCGUCGUCCCAUCUGCAAAAGCGGUCAACACCAUCCAAUUCCGCACUGUCAAUGAAUCUCAGUCAAGAAGAAUUCUGCACCAGCCAUUGUUUCCGGCGACUUCUGCUCCACCGCCAGGCACCGACUCGACUCCACCACCACCACCUUACACUACUCCACCUUCUCCCGACACCGACAUUCCCUUCUUUCAUGAGGAUCCCGCGGGGUCACCUCCAAAUCAGAAUCAGUCACCACCUUCGAUUCCCAAUGGCACAAUUGCGAACCCAACAGCGACACAACCAACCAAGCCAACAAAGAAGGUCGCAAUUGCAAUCUCUGUCGGAAUUGUCACGCUUGGCAUGCUCUCAGCUCUUGCCUUCUUCUUGUACAGGCAUCGGGUGAAGCAACCAAUCGAGACCCAGAAGCUCGUCGGUGGGAAUUCUCAGAGGAUUCCUGACGAUCCAGGGUUGCCACCAUCGAGCUUUCUCUACAUUGGGACCGUGGAACCAAACCGAACGUCAGUGACCGAUGCGAGUGAGACCAAUGGAGCAAACAGGUCUCCUUAUCACAAGCUCAAUUCUAUUAAGCGAUCCGAAAGAUACCGUCCCAGUCCUGAAUUGCAGCCAUUGCCGACGUUGAGUAAGCCUCCAGAUGGGAAUUACCCACCGGCGGUGUCUUCAUCAUCCGACGACGACGAGGAGAGCCAUGAGACGGUGUUUCAUUCUCCACAGGGGUCAUCAUUGAGUUACGAGGAUAGCUAUUACACCCCAGUUUCGCGUCAUAGUUCUCUGGCUAAUGGUGGCCAGCAGGCUUCUUUCAGGAAUGAGACCUAUUCCGCUGCUUCAAUCCCAUAUUCAAAGAGAACUUCACCGAAAUCUCGGCUUGCGGCUUCAUCGCCGGAUAUUAGGCAAGUCAUGAUCCCACCAAUUAAGCAGGCUCCGCCUGUGACGGCGCCUGCUCCGCCCCCACAGGUACCAACACUUUCACAGCCGUAUCAGCAUCUAGACAAAGAAGUGACUAACGGUCAUUCCAGAAAGCCGAAAUUCUCAGCGCCUCCGCCGGCGCCUAAUCUGACGCGUCUUCAGUCAACUAACAACAAACCCCAGAACAUAUCUAGGACUUCCCUCCAUCCUCCUGCUCCUCCUCCUGCUCCGCCUCCUCCACCGCCGCCGCCGCCUCCACCACGGCAAUUGGCGCCUGGGAAAGCAGGGUCUCCAGCGGCCAGCGUUUUCUCAUCCUCUGCAACAAGGCUCCAACAAUCUUGCUCUCCAAACCAAGGAGCCAGUUCUGCGAAUAGUGUAACAAAAUCUUCAGAAAAUGGUGAUAAAAGUCUCGGCUCUUCUGGGAGGCUUGAAGCCGAUGACACGGAAGGAGCAAAACCCAAGUUAAAGGCUCUACAUUGGGAUAAAGUGCGCGCGACUUCAGACCGCGCUACAGUGUGGGACCAACUAAAAUCAAGCUCAUUUCAAUUAAAUGAGGACAUGAUGGAAACCUUAUUUGGCUGCAAUUCCAAAAACCCCGCCCCUAAAGAGCCCAUUCGAAGAUCAGUUCUUCCACCCGUUGAACAGGAGAACAGAGUGCUGGACCCAAAGAAGUCUCAAAACAUAGCUAUACUACUUAGGGCACUGAAUGUGACAAGAGAUGAGGUGUCUGACGCCCUUCUGGAUGGGAAUCCUGAAGCGUUGGGUGCGGAACUUUUGGAAACUUUAGUGAAAAUGGCUCCCACUAAGGAGGAAGAAAUAAAACUUAAAAACUGCGGUGGUGACCUCUCAAAACUAGGGUCAGCUGAAAGAUUUCUUAAACAAGUGCUUGAUAUCCCUUUUGCCUUCAAGAGAGUUGAAGCCAUGCUAUACAGAGCCAACUUUGAUGCAGAAGUUAAUUACCUGAGGAAGUCUUUUCAAACCCUCGAGGUAGCAAGUGAGGAAUUGAAAAAUAGCAGGUUGUUCCUCAAACUUCUUGAAGCUGUUCUCAGGACAGGAAACCGAAUGAAUGUGGGCACCAACCGAGGUGAUGCUAAAGCUUUUAAGCUGGACACACUCUUGAAACUUGCGGACAUAAAGGGAACAGAUGGAAAGACUACAUUGCUUCACUUCGUGGUCCAAGAGAUCAUUAGAUCUGAAGGUGCAAAAGGUGAUUCUGCAAAUGGAAGUGUUCAGAACCAAGUGAAUUCCAAAUUCAGUGAGGACGACUUCAGGAAGCAAGGAUUGCAGGUUGUGGCCGGGCUUGGGAGGGACCUCAGCAAUGUCAAAAAAGCGGCAGGAAUGGAUUCUGAUGUCUUGAGCAGCUACGUCUCAAAACUUGAAAAGGGUCUUGAUAAAGUGAGAGUGGCUUUGCAACAUGAGAAGCCAGAUAUGCAAGGGAAUUUCUUCCACUCCACGAAGCUAUUUCUGCAAAAUGCUGAAGAGGAAAUCGUUAGAAUUAAAGCUGAUGAACGAAAGGUCUUAAUUCUUGUGAAAGAAGUUACAGAAUACUUUCACGGGGACGCAGCCAAGGAGGAAGCCCAUCCUUUCAGAAUCUUUAUGAUUGUUAGGGAUUUCCUAAAUAUCUUGGACCAGGUGUGCAAAGAAGUGGGGAGGAUGCAGCAGGAUAGAACCGUCAUAGGCUCUUCCAGAUCCUUCCGGAUAGCUGCAAGUGCAUCAUUACCAGUUCUAAACAGGUACAAUGCGAGACAAGAUAGAAGUUCCGAUGAAGAAAGCUCGUCACCCUAGCGUUGUGAACGCAGAGCAAUUUUUCAGGACAGAAUUGAAAGUCAACAAAUGUUCUCGAAGCCGUAAUUGCCUCCAUUCACGGAUUAGAUUCAUUCAGUAUAGAAACUUUAAGAAAAGUCUUUUCAAUGCCAGGAGAUUCCAUAUUCCAUGAGUAGGAGAGAGCAAAGAAAGCUUUGUCCAUGAAAAUGUCGAGUACAUGGAUCCUUGAGAUUGAACAUAAAUCGGUUCAAAGCAUGUUGGGAAGAGAACAAACAGUUUAAAGGAUCCCUUGGUUACCAGAAAAGGGUGUCAAAGGUCCAUAAUCACUUAUAUGCUCGCUCACCAACAUCUGAGGCAGGAUUGAAUUUCCGAAUAGCAGGUGAAAGAGACGGAUCUUUUUCCUCCUUCCAAACAACACACAAACUAUGGUUUUGAUUAGAUUAGAAUCCCACACAUUUUCCAUGUUGCAGACUGUUUCGGCUUUACCUAAGAGGCUCUUAUGUGCAAUUUUCAAAUCAAUUAUUUGCAAUAAUAGCAAUUUUGUAAGCA